AUGGAGUUCAUUUCUAAUGGGGCAUGGAUUUUACCUGAUGGUUGGCCUUUAGAUAUCAAACGAAAGAUUCUUUCCAUUUCGGUGGAGGAGGUUUAUGGUGUGGACUGGGCUGGUUUUUCUAAACCUUCGUUUAAAAAUUUUACCUCGCAAUUCUAUGAUAAUCUGGAUGAUGUUAGCUGGUUUAAAUUCAUAUGGCAUAAACAAAAUGCUUUGAGGUAUGCUUGUUACGCUUGGAUGGCUAUCAAUGGGAAGCUUAAAUGUGCUGACAAGCUUAUUGUUAGGGGAAUUCCGGCCUCUCCUAUUUGUGAUUUUUGCAGGGGGCAUAAUGAGUCUCACUCUCAUCUUUUCUUCAGCUGUGAUUUUACCUUCUCUGUUAUCUCCUCUUUGCUGCCUGCUCUCAAUUGCUUCUAUUUUAGGCCUAAUCUCUAUCAGGCUUUUGAUUACUUUAACUGCAAUGCCAACUUCAAUGCUAUGGAAAAAAAUUGUUGUUUUUUGGCUAUAUCUGUGGCGGUUUAUUACUUAUGGAGGGAACGAAAUGUUAGGAGGUUCUCUAACUCCUGGAAUUCUCCGGAUUAUCUUAAGACAGUUAUCUCCUCUGCCAUUCGUGCUAAAAUUGGAAUUUCUGGUGUAAAUCCUUUUCUUGGCUGUUCUUGGAUGGUCGGGUUUCCUCUGGUCCCUAUGAAAUCUGGAAUUGCUGGACUUCCUGCAUCUUCGGUGCUGAUGUUGCUGGCUUUGUUGGUUCAUUCCAGUUUAGCCAAUCUGUUUCGGUCCCGAUGUUCAAGCCUUUCCUGGACAAUGAUGAAGCUCCCGGAUCCCUUGGAUGGUCUAUGGGCAACCAGGGAUCUAU